AUGUCGCACCGUUCCUCGACUCAACUGGGGAACUCGGCGCGGGAGCAUUCCCGAUGGGCAGGCGCCACCGCGCCCCUCGCCGCCUCGUGCGCAUGCCGCCGGCGACGGGACGGCCGAAGGCCCAAAACGCGGGCAGCGGCUGCGGUCGAGGCGGAGACCAAGAAGGCAGUGGUGCGGAUCGGCACGCGCGGCAGCCCCCUGGCGAUGGCGCAGGCGUACAUGACGAGAGACCUCCUCAAGGAGGCGUUUCCCGAGCUGUCGGAAGAGAACGCGCUGGAAAUCGUCAUCAUCAAGACCACGGGCGACAAGAUAUUGAGCCAGCCGCUGGCCGACAUCGGCGGCAAGGGGCUGUUCACGAAGGAGAUUGAUGAAGCUUUGCUAUCCGGGAGAAUAGACAUCGCGGUGCACUCCAUGAAGGACGUCCCAACAUAUCUGCCAGAUGGGAUGAUCCUUCCCUGCAAUCUUGAGCGAGAGGACGUGCGCGAUGUCUUCAUCUCAGCUGUCGCAGGAUCCCUGUCAGAGCUGCCUGAGGGGGCCGUGGUUGGCACUGCCAGCCUUCGAAGGCAGGCACAGAUUCUACACAAGUACCCAUACCUCAAAUGUGAGAACUUCCGUGGCAAUGUUCAGACACGAUUGAGGAAGCUUAAGGAGGGUGUGGUGGAUGCCACGAUGCUGGCGUAUGCAGGGUUGAAGCGUCUGGACAUGGAGCAACAUGCCACAGCUAUCCUGGACUUUGAAGAGAUGCUGCCAGCUGUAGCCCAGGGUGCGAUCGGCAUCGCCUGCCGUGAGGGCGAUGAAUCCAUGGGCGCCUACCUGGCAGCCCUCAAUCACGAGCCCACCAGGGUUGCCAUCGUGUGCGAACGGGCAUUCUUGGCAGCACUGGAUGGAUCGUGUCGAACACCCAUCGCAGGCCAUGCACGCCAGGCCGACGAUGGGUCCCUAUCCUUCAAGGGCAAUGUUGCAACGCCCAACGGGAAGAGGCUGCUGGAGACGUCACGGAGUGGUGCCUUCAAUGAGGAGGAGGCGGCCAAGAUCGGCGACGAUGCAGGGCAACAGCUCAAGGCGGAGGGCGGACCAGACUUUUUUAAUUGGUAG